GGUGGGUAAUCCUCCAGAAUCUCCAUCUAAGGACAUUCGUCAUGCGUCUGGCUGGCAGGUCUCAAACCCGUUGAUUUCUUUGGUCUCAUCUGUUCUACGAAAUGGCGAAGAUGACAUGACUCAGCUUUAUGCACUGAGAACAAUAGAGAACAUAUCUAGUCAAGGAGGGUACUGGGCAGCUCGUUUCAUUAGCCAGGAUGUGAUUAGUAACCUGUGCUAUAUCUUUAGGGCUCAAGGGAAACAGGAGAGCAUGAGACUCACAGCCGGAUCUUGUUUGGUACGUUUAGCUCGUUUUAACCCUCCAAGCAUCCUGCGAAUUAUUGAGAAACUCUCCUUUAAGGACACUGCAUCAAGCCUACAUAAGGGUAGUCCACGUGAGCAGCAAAUUCGCUUAAACCUUCUGAACAUGGCCAUGCUUGAAAUCACAAACAUCGGAAAGUACCUUCUUUCCCUGGCAGAGGAUAAGAAUCUCGUCCCUAACCUUAUUUCCCUUAUUGAGCAGGGAAGUGAAAUCUUGAAGGGCAAGGCUCUUAUUUUUGCUGCCCUGCUUUGCAAAAAUGGGAAGAGAUGGUUGCCACAGUUCUUUUGCAAUGCAAGACUUCUAUCAAACGUAGAUAGGCUACUAAAAGAGAAAGACAGCUAUUUGAAACUAUGUUUAGAUGCAUUUGCACAUACUGUGGCAUCAGUUGUACCAGGUUUGCUGGAAACUAUUACUGGGGAGAUUCAGCAAUCGUCGGGUGGGAGACGCCGCAUGCAAUUUGCUGGUCUCGCUAGUCGGAAUUCUGCAAAGAGUAAUAUUAAUUUGUUUCCUGUCAUUCUCAAUCUUCUUGGAAGCUGUUUGUUUAAGCACAGGGUGGUUGAUAGUGGAGUUCUACAACAAUUUGCUAAUCUACUUAGGUUGGCUGAGUCACCAUUCCAGGGCAGAGAUGAGUUCCAGAUAACACUUCUUAAAGUUCUCGAGUCUAUUGCUGAAGAACCUUCUGCUGUUCACCAAAACUGUGACAUUUUCGUUAGUCAGAUUCUUCCCAGUCUAGCUGUUUUAUAUAAAGGCAACAAAGAUGGCGAUGCCAGAUUUUUGUGCCUGAAGAUAUUGUUUGAUUCAAUGGUCAUCUUUCUGAAUGAAACAUCACAGAAUGAGCAAAAAUUAGAGGAUUUGAAGUCCAUAUCAAAUUCUCAUUUCCUUCCUCUUUACCCAUCUUUCAUUGAAGACGAAGACCCUAUUCCUAUGUAUGCCCAGAAACUUCUUGUGAUGCUCAUUGAAUUUGAGUACAUAGAGAUUUCAGACAUACUUCAAACAAAGACCAUUUCACAGUGCUUUGAAUUUCUGCUUGGUGACCUCUCAACUGCAAAUGUAAACAAUGUCAUGCUUUGUUUCACUCUAGCAUCUGCUCCAGAACUAGAGACUAAGAUAUUGUCUCAGCUAAAAGUUGUCAGAAAGAUCGGGAACCUUUUGGAGUUUGUCUGUGCUAAGGAAAUGGAAGAUUUUGUUGAGCCCACUCUUAAUCUGUGUAAAGCAUUCCUUUUGCGCCAAGUGGGCAGUAGGAAAGGAUUUAUUUAUGCUAAAGAUCCGAAUUUACUGUCUGAUAAUUCUUCUGAUGGAAUCAUUGCCCUUGAUCAGCAUGAAUGCAUAAGAGAUAUAGCAGACUUUGGUGACAAUGUUGGGGUCUUGCUCGAGUUGACUAAAUCCAAUGAGAUGAAUGUUGCUGACUUAGCUUCUGAAUGUCUAAUUUUGCUUUUCAUGGCAUCUCCGAGGGAAGCUACUACAGGUUUUUUGACUAACCUAUCAAAAGUCUCCGCCAUCCUGGAGUCUUGGAGUCGAGGCGUUCCACACUUGCUGUUGCAGCGGAUUCUUCAUGCCCUUGGUUAUUCCUGUCGACAAUAUCUAUCAUACUCCAUCAUACUAUCCUUGAGUAAACCGGAGAUAUUGAAAAUAGAAGCUAUUGUUUCAGAAAUCAAAAGUUCUGGUGUACCAGCUCUAGCUGAUGCUGCUUUGCGUGUGGCACUGGAGCUGCAGAGGCUCCCUCGUCGUAUUUGAGAUCAAUAGGGAGUUGAAGGAUGGAUGAUUAACCUGCUGUGCUUAUUCAUGUCAUGAACCUGCUGUAUUUCUUAAAAAAGUACUGACGGUUUUCAAGGCGCAUCUGUUUCUCUGCUUGAAAAUCAAUACAGGAACAGGUUUGACUGUUCAGGAAACACAUUGGAAGAGCCUAAGAAAAGAAUAUCUUAUGAGGCUUAGCUACAACUUCCUGUAUAAUCCAUGUAUACUUGUAGCAUCACUUGUAUUGAGCUGAGUCAUGUUUUUAAAAAUUUUAAGCAUAUGUUCCCA